CGUUACUUAUUACCUAUUGCCUAUACUCAAAUUCUGUGGAUACUUAUUUAUGGCGUCAUCGAUGCUAUGGCUUCACCAUGUCCUCAAUUAGUAAAAGUCAAUUAGUAAACCGGCAGGCCGGCAGGCUAAUUGAAUAAAACAGGCAAGGUGCCAUUAUAUGAAACAUUCGUACAUGCCGAACUGCCUACCAAGGUUCUACAUGAAAAUUAAUAAAAAUCGCCGGCUGUCCUCUUCCCCUCAUGUCCCGUUUACUUCGUAACUUUUCAACCGUCACUUUAAGAAGCCAUCAUCAACUACUACACGCAAGAAGAAUAGCCACGAUGCCUGCCGUCAGAUCCGCAUAUGAUCCUAAGGACAUGCAGUUCCGCCACCUUGGCCCUACUGGUCUCAAGGUGAGCGUGUUGUCUCUGGGUGGAUGGUUGACCUAUGGAGGUACCGAGAAAGGCGAAAUCGUCAAGAAAUGCCUAGAGACGGCUUGGAAGCACGGCAUUAACACCUUCGAUACGGCAGAGACCUAUGCCAAUGGAGAGUCCGAGGUUGAGAUGGGCCAGGCCUUGAAGGAGCUUGACUGGCCUCGUGACGAGUACGUCCUCACUACCAAAAUCUUCUUCGGCACUGGUCGCAAAGAGCCGAACACCCGCGGUCUCAGCAAGAAGCACAUUGUAGAAGGCCUCAAGAGCUCGCUCGCGCGUCUGCAGCAACCCUACGUUGACGUAGUGUUCGCCCACCGUCCUGACCCCGCUACACCCAUGAAGGAGAUCGUGGAGGGAUUCACCCAAGUGAUCCAAAACCUCAACCUAGCCUACUACUGGGGAACAUCCGAGUGGAGCGCAACUCAGAUCAUGGAAGCUACGCAGAUUGCAGAGCGAUAUAACCUUAUCGCCCCGGUGGUCGAGCAACCCCAAUACAACGCUUUCCACCGCCAGCGCUUCGAGGUCGAGUACGCCCCGCUGUUUAACCAAUUCAAGUAUGGUACGACCAUCUGGUCCCCGCUCGCCUCCGGGUUCCUGACCGGCAAAUACAACAACGGCAUUCCAGAAGGCUCGCGAUUCGCCAAGCACGGCGACUUUUUCGACAGCACGAUUAAGUCGCUGCAGAGCGAGGAGGGUAAGGCGAAGAUCGAGAAGGUCAAGAAAUUGACGGCGCUUGCCGAGCGCCUUGGCGGAUCCACCGCGUCGCUGGCCUUGGCGUGGACCAUCAAGAACCCGAACGUCAGCACGGUUAUCCUUGGUGCCACGAAGGUCGAGCAGAUCGAGGAGAACGUGAAGGCCCUUAAGUUCGUCGAGAAGUUAACGCCGGAGGUGAUGGAGGAAAUUGAGAAGAUCCUUGAUAAUACUCCUGCGAAGCCCUUCGCGUACGGACGUGAACGGUUAUAAGGGGUUUCAGGAGUAGCGGACACGCAAAAAUAGACAGCUGCAUAUCUUGGUAGACAGGGUGAAACCGCAUUCGCUGUUAGAAGCAUAUAUAUAUAACUGACUAGAACAAUAAAAUAGGGGUUAGUUCUAACACUAAGACACGGGGAUAAAUAUGAAGUAUGUCAGCACUUA